AGUGGCAGAAGAGGGCUAGGCUGAGAGGGAAGGCGAGGACUGUAGAGGAGGGAGACAGCCCGCCCUCCCCGCGAGCCUGCAGGAUGCGGCAGGGGACCGGGGGCACGGGGAGGUACUAACCCCCCCCCCACCCCCAGCCCCUGAUCCGGGCUUACAGACCGGGUUCGCGGGUCAGUUUCCUGCCAAGUGAAGCAAAGAAGCAAAGGCGCCGAGGGAGAACUGGGGGUGCCCAUCCCUAGAGUCAGUCCCUCGGCGAACGGGGGUAAAGGAGAGAAGAAAAAGGAGUCAGUGAGCGAAGAGGGGAAGGAAAAACCUGUCUCCAGACUGGCUCCGGAGCGUCGGAGAGACUGGGGCGCUCCGCGCCAUCGUCUUCAAUGCCUCUCUGAACACCCUUUAGGAAGAGUGUGAGAGAAAGAGAGCGCGCGCCAGGGAGAGGAGAAAAGAAGAUGAGGAUUAUUUGCAGACAGAUUGUCUUGUUAUUUUCUGGCUUUUGGGGACUCGCCAUGGGAGCCUUUCCGAGCAGCGUGCAAAUAGGUGGUCUCUUCAUCCGAAACACAGAUCAGGAAUACACCGCUUUUCGAUUAGCAAUUUUUCUUCAUAACACCAGCCCCAAUGCGUCGGAAGCUCCUUUUAAUUUGGUACCUCAUGUGGACAACAUUGAGACAGCCAACAGUUUUGCUGUAACAAAUGCCUUCUGUUCCCAGUAUUCUAGAGGAGUAUUUGCCAUUUUUGGACUCUAUGAUAAGAGGUCAGUACAUACCUUGACCUCGUUCUGCAGCGCCUUACACAUCUCCCUCAUCACACCAAGUUUCCCUACUGAGGGGGAGAGCCAGUUUGUGCUGCAGCUAAGACCUUCAUUGCGAGGAGCACUCCUGAGUCUGCUGGAUCACUAUGAAUGGAACUGUUUUGUCUUCCUGUAUGACACAGACAGGGGAUACUCAAUACUUCAAGCUAUAAUGGAAAAAGCAGGACAAAAUGGUUGGCAUGUCAGCGCUAUAUGUGUGGAAAAUUUUAAUGACGUCAGCUACAGACAACUUCUAGAAGAACUUGACAGAAGACAAGAGAAGAAAUUUGUGAUAGACUGUGAGAUAGAGAGACUUCAAAAUAUAUUAGAACAGAUUGUGAGUGUUGGAAAGCAUGUUAAAGGCUACCAUUAUAUCAUUGCAAAUUUGGGAUUCAAGGACAUUUCACUUGAGAGGUUUAUACAUGGUGGAGCCAAUGUGACAGGAUUCCAGUUGGUAGAUUUUAAUACACCUAUGGUAACCAAAUUAAUGGAUCGCUGGAAGAAACUAGAUCAGAGAGAGUAUCCAGGAUCUGAGACUCCCCCAAAGUACACUUCUGCCCUGACUUAUGACGGAGUCCUGGUGAUGGCUGAAACAUUCCGAAGCCUCAGAAGGCAGAAAAUCGAUAUCUCAAGGAGAGGAAAUGCUGGAGAUUGUCUGGCAAACCCUGCUGCCCCAUGGGGCCAGGGAAUUGACAUGGAGAGGACACUCAAACAGGUUCGGAUUCAAGGGCUGACUGGGAAUGUUCAGUUUGACCACUAUGGACGUAGAGUAAAUUACACAAUGGAUGUGUUUGAGCUAAAGAGCACAGGACCUCGAAAGGUUGGUUACUGGAAUGAUAUGGACAAAUUAGUCUUGAUUCAGGAUGUCCCUACUCUUGGCAAUGACACAGCAGCCAUUGAGAACAGAACAGUGGUUGUGACCACAAUCAUGGAAUCCCCCUAUGUUAUGUACAAGAAAAAUCACGAAAUGUUUGAAGGAAAUGACAAGUAUGAAGGAUACUGUGUAGAUUUGGCAUCUGAAAUUGCAAAACAUAUUGGUAUCAAGUAUAAAAUUGCCAUUGUCCCUGAUGGAAAAUAUGGAGCAAGGGAUGCAGACACAAAAAUCUGGAAUGGGAUGGUAGGAGAACUUGUUUACGGGAAAGCAGAGAUUGCUAUUGCCCCUCUGACAAUCACUUUGGUACGAGAGGAGGUCAUUGACUUCUCUAAGCCCUUCAUGAGUUUGGGUAUAUCUAUCAUGAUCAAAAAGCCUCAGAAAUCUAAACCAGGAGUGUUUUCCUUCUUGGAUCCUCUGGCCUAUGAGAUUUGGAUGUGCAUAGUCUUUGCCUACAUUGGUGUCAGCGUGGUCUUGUUCCUAGUUAGUAGAUUUAGUCCGUAUGAGUGGCACACAGAAGAGCCAGAGGAUGGAAAAGAAGGACCCAGCGACCAGCCUCCCAAUGAGUUUGGCAUCUUUAACAGCCUCUGGUUUUCCCUGGGUGCUUUCAUGCAGCAAGGAUGUGACAUCUCACCCAGAUCCCUCUCAGGUCGAAUCGUUGGAGGUGUUUGGUGGUUCUUUACACUCAUCAUUAUAUCAUCUUAUACUGCUAACCUGGCUGCUUUUCUGACUGUUGAGCGAAUGGUCUCCCCAAUAGAAAGUGCAGAAGACCUGGCCAAACAAACAGAAAUUGCCUAUGGAACUCUGGAUUCAGGGUCAACAAAAGAAUUCUUCAGAAGAUCAAAAAUAGCAGUGUAUGAAAAGAUGUGGACCUACAUGCGAUCAGCAGAGCCAUCAGUGUUCACUAGGACUACAGCUGAGGGAGUGGCUCGUGUCCGCAAAUCCAAGGGCAAAUUUGCCUUUCUCCUGGAGUCCACUAUGAAUGAAUACAUUGAGCAGCGAAAGCCAUGUGACACGAUGAAAGUGGGAGGAAAUCUGGAUUCGAAAGGCUAUGGAGUAGCAACGCCCAAGGGUUCCUCAUUAAGAAAUGCUGUUAACCUCGCAGUUUUAAAACUGAAUGAACAAGGCCUCUUGGACAAAUUGAAAAACAAAUGGUGGUACGACAAAGGAGAAUGUGGCAGCGGGGGAGGUGACUCCAAGGACAAGACGAGUGCCUUGAGCCUGAGCAACGUAGCAGGCGUCUUCUACAUUCUGGUUGGCGGCUUGGGCUUGGCAAUGCUGGUGGCUUUGAUAGAGUUCUGUUACAAGUCCAGGGCAGAAGCGAAGAGAAUGAAGGUGGCAAAGAGUGCACAGACUUUUAACCCAACUUCCUCGCAGAAUACCCAGAAUUUAGCAACCUAUAGAGAAGGUUACAACGUAUAUGGAACCGAAAGUAUUAAAAUUUAGGGCUGACCUUUUCUGAAGCCAUAAGAAACAAAGCCAGGUUAUCCAUCACUGGGAGCGUGGGAGAAAACGGCCGCGUCUUGACACCCGACUGCCCAAAGGCUGUACACACGGGAACUGCAAUUAGACAAAGUUCAGGAUUGGCUGUCAUUGCAUCGGACCUACCAUAAAAACCAAAAAAAUAAUUGAGUGCCUUAAUUAAACUGUGUUGGUGACUGAUGGAAACACAGCCCUGAGGGACACCGCAAGCGCGGGUCUUUGCUAAACCAAUCUUUUGGCUGAGAGCGGGAAGUACGUCCUAAAGCGCGGGGACCUCAGCCGCAGCAGCAACGUGUGCAUGAGCUCAGCUCGGAAACCCAAACUCAGAUUUUAUAUCAGGAAAACUCACAAUUUAGGUUUUUUCGGGGAGUGGGUGGGGGGGGGGAGCCGGGACGGGUGUAUUAACAACAACAAAUUUCACUGAGUGGACUUAAAAACUAAUCAGACUUGCCUGUUAGCGCAUUACACUGAAGUUCUUGCUCAGAAAGGCCUUUGUCGUCACCGAAAGGGAUAAAAUAGAUAAUAGAAGUCAAUGAACAUGCUAACCUGCGUCUCCAGAACACCCAUAUAGUCAAUGGAAGAAUAUCCAGCUGAGGAAACAAAUCACUAAACUGUGAUAAGAAAAUAAUAAACAAACAUGUAAAUCCUGUGAAAAAAAAUUAAAGGAAGUAUUUACACUUACUUUGGAGAAAAAAAAAAUACUGAAACAUGCUUGCUUUUUAACUGACGUAAAUUCAGUAGAGGACAACACGAUUCUUUUUUCUAACCAUCUUAGGGAACAAUACAUUGCAAUAAUUGAUAUAAAUGCCAUCACUGUAAUAAACUUUAGAGACUUUUUUCUAUAAAAGUUGUUGGUCAUCUUCUUGUUUGCUGUAACCUUCACUCUGUCACAUGAGCCGGUUCACAGAUUGCAUCCAUCUCCACUACCAGGAACAAAAACAAAAUGAAGAAAAUGUUGACGUUAAAUCAUCAGUCUACAAUGUAGAAUCAACAGAGACUACGGGUCACUCAUGUUAUCGAUCUUAUUUAUAAUCUUGUUCUGUGUACAAAAUUGUGGUUUUUGUACCCACCAAAAAGAAUAAAACAGCAGAUGUUCUUACAAUAUCUACAAAGCUUAAAAGGUUUUUUUUUUUUUUUUUACCAUUAUAAACAUUAUUUGAGAAAUUACAAGAGUACACAAAGGAUUGUAGAAGUCAAAUGGUGGGCCAUAUUGGAAAAUGUAGCUAGCCCUUAUUCUUUUUGCAUACUAAACUGUCCUUUUGUUGCAGAUCUUUGACUGGUUAGCAGGUUAAAUUGUUAAAGAUGGAGUCUUUGAGUCUGGAAUGAAUCAUUGUCCUACAGCAACCAUACCCUGUACCUGUGCUGAAAUUUUACUUGACUGUAUUUUGCUGCAUAAAAUUAUGUGUUUGGUGGGCUUCUUCCCCCAUUCCUAUUGUUCCAUUUAAAUCCUUUGAAGGCACUAGUAAUAGUUUGGGGUGGAUCACAAAUGAAUAAUUAGUCCUUGAUUUCACCAGGAAAUUAUAAUGAAAAUUAUAUCUAUAUUCAUUAAUAAAAAUUAAUUUGUUAUACAUGUAGUAAAUAAACAAGGUUCAAAGGAAGAUUUGGCUCAUUUGAAAUAAUAAAUAAGUACUCUAGUACAGAUAAAAAUCACAUACUUAGGGAUCUUGGCAGAAAGCACAAGUUAGGAUGAUUUCAAAACUCUGUCCUUGAAGGAUGAGUCAAGUUUUAAAAGGAGGAGAAGGUGUUGAGAGCCUUAUGGAUGAGCAGUGUCCAACACCAUGCAUGUCAAUGGCUUGCUUGAGGAAUGUAUGCACCUAGGUGAGCUGGCAAGAGUACUAGUGUGAUAAUCAUGCAAAAUAAUAUGGAGAAGGUGAAGGGUUAAUUUCCUUCCCUUACCUCUUGAGAUUACCAUCCCUCAUUCAAUCUCUGCCACAGGAAGAGCAAUCUUUAAAAGUAUAAAUCUGAUAAUGCACAAGUGCACUGUUCCUUCAAGAAAUAUUCCAAGUUCUUGAGCAAAUGAAUCCCUUUGUGAUCAGGCCCUUGCUGUGUAUCUUCAAGGACUUCUCUCACUUCUAUCUAACUCCUCUGACAGAAAAUGAACCUCCCAAGCAGCACAUGGAACACUGCGUGUAUUAUUUCCUCAGUCUAUAACUCUUCCCUGUCUCCUCCUUACCGGACUAACACUCAUCCUUCAGUACUCAAAUUGAAUUGUACUUGUCCUGGGAGGACUUUCACGACUGCCCACCACCCCUGCCUACGAGUUAGGUGCCACUCUUAAUGUUUCUCCCCCAUCACAGCACUUGCCAUACUGCAUUGUAAUUGCCUGUGUAUUUGUCUGUAAACUACUAGACUGUAAGCUCCUUGAGGGCAGGGACUGUGUCUAUCUUGUUCACAGUUGUAUCCCCAGCACCCAGCACAGUGCCUGGCAUAUUGUAGGUGCUUAAUAAAUAUUUGUUGAACGAA